AUGGCACCAGAAGAUUCUCGUCAGCCAGCAGCCCGUCUCUUCCGACGAAAAAGUCGAGAUUCCCCACGGAGGUCUAUCCGGGAGGAAGGGGAUGGAGAGCUAAUCUUGCCAACCGAUGGAAGCAGAGCGGAAACCGAGAUUGGUGAUCAUCGAGGUCUCAAUACGGCUCCAAGAACUCCUACACACCUUCGGCUCGGAGCAUUGCCAACAGCGAAUAUAAUUAGUUUCGGUAACGAGGAAGAUGUCAAAUUUCCAGAUUAUCGGCAAUUGAUAGAAUACAUCGACGCUCUUGAACAAGAAAAUGCAUUGCUGAAGAGCUGGAUUGAUCCGGAUUCCGUUCACGAAGGACGUCCUUUCUUCCAAAUUGUCCAUCGAAUCAAGAAGGAUGACAGUGUGUUUUUCAAACCACCCAUAUGGAUUCGACGAGAUGCCAAUCGAUACUCUCUCGCAGGGAGCUCUUUCUCCAUGAAAGAAAGCACCUAUCUGCAGCAAAGCAGCAAUCUAGCUUUUGUCGUCUACAAAACAUACGCUCCGCAGACGGUAGACUAUCCCGUCGAAGGGGAUGGUAAUUGCUUCGAGCCUUUACCCCUACCGCAGCCGGAAGCCGAAGCGGUCUUUUUCGCCUCAAAGGAGAUGAGAUCAGCUGUCAAGACUCACUUGGACAAGCAAGCCGAUUUCAAGCAUUUAUUCCCUUCGUUUGACAUCACUGAAGAGAUUCCAUCCCCUUAUCUCUUCUGGUAUUGCUUUCGAUCAUCUUACGAACGUGUUCUCCAAGUACUUCCUUCUUCGCAGAGAGCACUUUUAAAGUUGUUUGGGGAUUGGGUGAAUGCUAACUAUGAGGCGGAAUACAACCAAGUAGAUGACCAGAUCACACGCGGGUUUAUAUCCUGCCACUCGAUGAAAUACCUCGUCCGACCAGGUGAUCCUCUCGUGUCGCAGGCCCAAAAUAUGCCUCAGGCCUACCAGGCCACAUCUUGGGCCAGUAUCAAGCCCAAUCGUGGAAAUAACGGUGGCAAGGACGAAGACUUAUUCGACAAGGCGUGGGAAGUGUCAGCCUGGUCUUAUGAAUUUGACGGCGUCUUCCACCAGAAACCUGUCAUUCUGGUCAUCAAGCUUGACGUCACCAAUCCUACAGAGGAGGUUUCACUAAUUUCAUUGGAGGUGGCCCCCUUGGAAUACGCCAAUCCUGAGCUUCGAGCAAAAUUAGAGCGUCGGGGGAAGACAUAUUGGGCAUGUCGCAAAAAGAAAUUUAUCUCUUAUAGUGGAAGUGGUGACAUUGAUUCACUCAGUAAUAACAGCGAACGUUUUAUGAUCGACUUUUCGACUUACAGGCAACUCCAUUCGUUAGAUUCUAAGCCACCAUCCGCUACGAAUCGCACAGAGAUUCCUCGUGAGCGCAUGAACGAUGACGAACCGCCAACAGCUCCAGAAAUUUACCUCUUCCCAACCCGCAUCGUGGGUUUCAAUCUGGGCCGAAAAAAAUGGAUCAACUUAGACGUCGACCUGAUUAAGGAGGUGGAAUGGAACAAAAAGGCCUUUGACAACCUGGUGGUCGAUGAAAAGACCAAGGAGCUCGUGCAGGCGCUCAUCACCAACCGCCUUGAGGCGGAGCAGGGGACUGACAUGAUAGAUGGCAAAGGCAACGGGCUCACCAUCCUCUUGCACGGGGGGCCGGGCACUGGCAAGACCUUCACCGCGGAGAGCGUGGCCGAGCUCGCCGAGAAACCUCUGUACCGGGUUACGUGCGGCGACAUUGGCACCCAGCCUGACAAGGUCGAGCACUACCUCGAGUCCGCGCUGCACCUGGGCAAGAUCUGGGACUGCGUGGUCCUCCUUGACGAGGCCGACGUCUUCCUGCAGGAACGCACCCUGGCCGAUCUGCAGCGCAACGCUCUGGUCAGCGUCUUCCUGCGCGUGCUCGAGUACUACGAUGGCAUCCUGAUUCUGACCUCCAACCGCGUCGGCACCUUCGACGAGGCCUUCAAAUCGCGCAUCCAGGUCUCUCUACACUACCCUAAUCUCACCCGCGCACAGCGCUACAAGAUUUGGCGCAACCUGUUCACCCGGCUCAAGCGGCUGGAGAACCCGCAGAUCGACUUCGAUGACGUCGAGUGCUACCUUGGUGAGCUGGCAGAGCAGACACUGAACGGCCGCGAGAUCCGCAACGCCAUCACGACGAGCCGCCAGCUGGCCAGAUUCAAGGGCAAGAAUCUGUCCCAGGCGGACCUGCAGCAUGUGCUCGAUGUCUCGGGUCGGUUCGAUAAGUAUUUGUGCAGUUUGAAAGAGGGGUUUACGGAUGAUGACAUCGCUAGGGACUCUGGCUUGAGAUGA